CGAUACAGUUUACCAAAAUUAGUCCAUUUAAAUAUUGAAGUGCACCAAACUAGAAAAGAGUUCUAGAGAUGGGGAGGAAGUUAGAACCUCAACAAUCCAAUAACACAAUAACUCAUUUUAGUCAUCCUCACACUUUAGAGCUAAUUACUCAUCAAAACUUUGCUCCAUCACAGCUAUGUUCAGGCUGCAAAAUUCAAGCUAAUGGAUCAGUUUACACUUGCAAAUCUUGCAAUUUUUUCCUUCAUGUUGAAUGUUCCCAAAUGCCACAGCAAAUCAAUCAUCCAUUUGAUAAAGAACAUAGUUUGACUCUCCUCCCAAAGUCGAUUUACCCGGAAGGGAAUUUUCGGUGUGAUGCGUGUGGGGAAACAGGGGAUGGAUUUUCUUACCACUGCAACAGUUGUGGUAUUGAUCUUCAUAUACUAUGUGCAGUUCUUCCACAAUAUAUCACUCAUCGAUCUCAUCGUCACCAACUUGAAAUUCAAUUUUCAUCUCCUUACCCUAGUAAAUCAUUCCGUUGUGAUAUUUGCAAGAAUAUUGGAACCAAACAAUGGCUCUAUAGAUGCCAUACUUGUGGUUUUGAUGCUCAUUUGAAUUGUACAAAGUUGCAAAGUCAUUUCCAUCAGAACCCAACAAGAAGUAGCAAUUCUAGAUCUGCUCCUGAUCAGCAAUAUCAACAUCAUUGUGCAGGGGUAGAUCAUAUGAAUCAGGAGAUUAAAAACGAAAUAUCGUCCCUGGAAACUCUGCGAAAGCAAAGAGAAGAUGAGGAUAAAUUGAUGGCAGAAAUGAUCAUGGGCGGCGUUAAUCAUGAGAAUCAACGACUAAACGAACUGCUAGGCCGUACAAAUCCAGGGAUUAACAACGGAACUACUGCUGCACCGCAAUUUGGGGGAAGUCAGAACAACGAAAUGUCGUUCCCUGAAAUUCUGCGAAAGCAAAGAGAAGAUCAGGACAAAAUGAUGGCAGAAAUGAUCUCGGGUGCUAAUUAUCGGCAGAAUCAACAACUAAGCUAUCUCAUAGCUGCUAGUUCUCUGAAUAACCAAGCAAUAAACCAGCAAUUCAACCAAACACUUAUGAGUUAUGGAGGCUCUGCUGGUGCAGGACAAGGACAAAUCCCAAAUUUAUACCAAAAUACAAUGGGUGCUGGUCUAUUUAAUACUGGAGCUGAUUUUGCUGGUUUGGGUUUAAAUGCAUUGUUUGGAAAUCUUAAAUUCUGAAAAUUACUUAUUUCAGAAUAAAAACGAAUCUUAUUUAUUUCGCUUUGUGCAUCUACAAUGUAAUUCUAUUUUAUAGUUGUUGUGAGUUUUUAAUUUUAUUGUUGAUUUGAAUAA